AUGCAUUGGGCAGCAGUCGGCAAGCUGGGUUUGGGAGCCCGUCAGGCGCGGUUUGGCGGCUCCUCUGUGGCCACUGCGGAGCGCAUGAAGGAGGUGGCUGACAUCAUCUGCUCCUUCCCGCACCACCUGCCCUGCGUUGUGCUAUCCGCAAUGGGCAAGACCACCAACCUGCUGCUGCAAGCUGGCGACGAGGCACUGCGCACCCCCGCCGGAAACAUUGCAAACCUGGCGCCGCUCAACGCCAUCAAGGAUUUGCACCGCGCUGCCGCCGAGGAGCUGGGGGUGGAUGCGGAGACGCGGGAGGAGGUGGAGAUGCUGCUGACGCAGCUGCAGCAGCUGCUGGUGGGCAUCUCCAUCAUGCAGGACCUGACGCCCCGCGCCAAGGACUCUCUGGUCUCCUUUGGCGAGCGCCUAUCCACCCGUCUCUUUGCUGCCUACCUCAACGCCCAGGGCGUGGCGGCGCGGCAGUACGAUGCCUUUGACCUGGGCGUCAUCACCAACGACAACUUUGUCAAUGCAGAGGUCAACUAUGAGCUGACGCUGCCGGCGGUGCGGGAGAGCCUCACGUUCAAGCCCGGACAGCGGCGCCACCUGCCCAUCGUCACCGGGUUCCUGGGUCGCGGCCUGCAGACGGGCGCCAUCACCACGCUGGGCCGCGGCGGCAGCGACCUCACAUGCACGCUGCUGGGCGGCGCGCUGGGGCUGCCAGAGGUGCAGGUGUGGAAGGAUGUGGAUGGCGUGCUGACGGCGGACCCGCGCGUGGUGGACAGCGCGCGGCCUGUGUCGGAGCUGACGUUUGAGGAGGCCACGGAGCUGGCCUUCUUUGGUGCCACAGUGUUGCACCCGCUGGCCAUGCAGCCCGCGCACGAGUGCAACGUGGGGGUGCGCGUGAAGAACAGCUACAACAGGCAGGCGCCCGGCACGCUGAUCAGCGAGGUGCGCGACAUGAGUACCAGCCUGAUGACGAGCAUCGUGAUGAAGUCCAACGUGACACUGGUGGAUGUGGUGUCCACGCGCAUGAUGGGGCAGUUUGGCUUCCUGGCGAAGGUGUUCAAGGUGUUCAGCGACAACAAGAUCUCGGUGGAUGUGGUGGCCACCAGCGAGGUCUCCAUCUCCCUCACACUCGACCCAGCCAAGAUCUGGGAGCGCGACCUGAUUGCGGAGGAACUAGAGGGCCUGAUGCAGGACUUUGAGGGCGUCGCCAAGGCGCACUACCGCCGUGGCAUGGCCAUCAUCUCCCUCAUCUGCAACGUGCAGCGCACCAGCCAGAUCCUCGAGCGCACCUUCCGCGUGCUCAACCGCGAGAACAUCCGUGUGCAGAUGAUGAGCCAGGGCGCCAGCAAGACCAACAUCGCGCUGAUUGUGGAGGACAGCGAGGCCAAGCAUGCGCUCAGGGUGCUGCAUGACGAGUUCUUCGGCAGCGGCAGCAGCUAG